GCUCCUUUUGCAUAAGAUGUACGUCACGUCUUUGCCACAGCCGUAGUCAAGUUUGGUCCAACACAACAUGCCGAUGCACACAACAAACACUCAGUAGGUAGAGUCACUCAUUCGAAAAACAACCCAGCCGUACGGAGCAUCAAUUUCAGUCACUGAUGGGCACGGUGUGCGUCUAUUCGUCAAUAGAAAAUGCACCCGAGCAUAUCAUAAAUACCCUCACACCAUUGCCGUACACAUACAUGCAUUCUCCCGAGGGACAAACAGACAAGUGCAAGCCAGCCACCCCUGCGGUCGCUAAUCUACAGCCAGUGCCCGCCUCCGCUCUCUGUCACGUCGAUGUCGAUGGCCACGGGCGGACUCGACGGCACAGAAGGGGGCUGCUGUGGCGUGGGGGGUUGGGACAAGUUGGACAACGGGUUGAACGCACCGGGUGUUGUUGAGGGCUGGCCUCUCUCCUGGGCCGCGGACCCUCUCUGUCCACUCGGCCCUCCCCGCGUGCCGUCAGAACGCCCCUGGGGCUGCGAAAUGCGGUCGGGACGCCGACGAAUCAGGCUCUUCGAGUCGGGGUAUGGCGGCAGGAUCAAACCAGAGCCCGAGCCAAUCGGAGCAGUCGACCGGGGAAACGCAGGCCCCCGGGGAAACGAGGCCGCGCUAACCGGCAUCGGUUGGUGAACGUCGCCCGCCCCCGAGCCCGUCGACGAUGCUUCUGGCCCGCGCAACUCCGGCAGGCGCAGAGAUGGAAGAGGGGAUGGAACAGGCGAUCCGCGCUUCCUCUUGCCCGAUGUCCCCCUGCCGCCCCCUACGCCAAAUCCGCCCUCCCCAUCUCCCAUCGCGACAGAUACGCCCGCUGCGGACUCAGCACCAACUGCGCUCCCGGCGGGCAUCGCCGACAGAGAGAAACCCGAUGGCUGAACAGCGACAUGGGG